AUGGGCAGCCAGGCUCGAGUGCGCUUCCAAGCUCACGACAACCCACUGCUACCAGACGCCAUGGCCGACGGGACGAAGCCAGUAGUAGUCAAUGCCCCCGGGGCAGCACAGCGCCCCGGUCUCGAGAGCUCGGGAAGCGGCUCAUCAGGCGACUCGGAUCUGAACGAUGCCCACCUUGGCUCCGGUGGCAUCGAAGAAUACUCAUUUUCCGCCGGCGAGCAGCAGCAGCACGACCAAAUCGCUCCUCUGCGCGAGCCCCAGUACUCGUGGAACAGCAACGCCUCGUCAUCGCGCGCCCGCGGUCCCGCCAUCAUGACGGACCUGCCGCCUGCCACGCAGACGCAAUCCAACGGCUCCAGCAGCGGGCCCAGCUCCAGCACCAGAGGACCACGCCCGUCGGCCGUCCGCACCCCGAGCAACGCAUAUGCGCCUGCCCGCCGCCCCCAGCAGUUCUCGCUCAACUCCAACACGGCGCACCGGCAGCGCAACAACUCGGCCACGCGCUCGCGCCGCAACCCCAACGCCGAGUACCGCGCGCAGGAAAAGGCCUACGUGCAGCGCAUCCGCCAGGAGGACCAGCAGGACGACUUCUUCGACCCGGCCCUGCGCACCCCGAGCCUUGGCUACAGCACCGACUCGGAGACGGACGACGAAUCCCCCUCGACGGCCGACUAUGUCGACAACGACCCCUACGACCAGGAGACGCUGCUCUACUAUGGCAACGACGACAUGCAGCCCUCGAUCGAGGAGCUCAAGAUCCCCGCCAACCGCGAGCGCCUCGAGUGGCACUCGAUGCUGGCCAGCGUGCUGACGGGCGACGUGGUCAAGCAGGAGAAGAAGCGCCUGAUUGGCAGCACCGAGCAGCAGGGCGACAGCACCAUGAAGGCCGAGAUCUGGAUGGGCAUCCGCGCCAAGGUCUGCGGCCGCUCGCUGCAGGCACAGCGCCGCAUCGUCGACGACACGCGCGGCAAGAUCAGGGCCAUGCUCGAGAGCAUCAUUUCCUUCGAGGUCGGCGGCGAGGCCGAGGCCGGCCAGACGGCAGCCCAGCAGGUCGAGGACAUUGUCAAGAAGAUCGAAAAGGUCGAGAGCGUCUACCCCACCCGCCAGGCCCUCGAGGCCGCCUACCCACGCGCUGCCUCGCAGCCCUACAAGGACGCCUGCGACGCCGUCAUCGCCUGGCACAACACCAUCGCCCUCAUCAACACGGAGAUGUCCAUCCUCAAGAAGUGGGUCGGCAACGAGGAGCUCGACUUCACCAAACCCCGCCCGCGCUCGUCCCAGGACCACCAUCUGACCGAUGACUCUUCGUUUAUUGACCGGAUACUCAAGGAGGAUGGUCUCAAGUCCCUGCAGGGCGACACCAAUCUGCUGGCCCCCCUCGAGAAGGUCAUCCAGAAGGCCAAGGCUACACUGAUCGCCAAUGCCGAAGGUUUCGCAGAGAGACAUCUCCCCCCUUACAUCGAGGAGCUGCUUACCCUCAUCAACUUCCCCUCCCGCCUCCUCCAGGAGAUCAUCCGCGUCCGCCUCUCAUACGCCAAGAAGAUCAAGGAUCCAUCACAACAGGGCGUCAUGAUGGCUGAACAGAUGAUUGCGCAGUUCCAGAUUCUGCUUGCCAUGGCUGGUCAGGUCAAGGAGAGCUACAUGAUCAUCUCCCGACCGGAGCCUGGCUGGGACCUGCCACCGUGCAUCGAGGAGAACUUUGACCUGGUCGUCCUGGACGCUCUCAAGUUCUACUUCAAGAUGCUGAACUGGAAGUUGGCAGCCAACAAGAACACCUUCAAGGAAGCCGAAAUCUUGGAACAGGAAUGGGACUUUUGCAACAAGCUCGGUCGACAGCUCCAAGGUGGUGACGUCGAGACCGCAGAGCAGUUCAGUGUUCUUACGUCCAAGUCGCUCACUCGUCUCAGCGCCCAUUUCGAGCGAGAACUGCAACGUCGGCCAGACGAGCUUACAGGCUCCGAGAUGGAGAAGCGAUACAAGCAGAUUCUGGACUCUGUCCGUGUUCGACAGCGUAAGCUGUUCCGUUUCUCCAGGAUUCUCACACAGCGCUUCGAGAACUGCACCGAGUUCAACAUCAACAACAUCGACCUGGAUGAAGAGCAAUUGCAAGAGCUGUACGAAUCCCUGGUUGCUACUGGCCACUUCCUCGUCGAGACUACUGGCGGAAACAACACUGGCAUCUACAUUGUUGCAUCACCGACUGCAUUGGACCGACCAAAUGACAUUCAGUCACUCCUCACAACCUGCUAUCACGCCGAAGAAGCUCCGGAAGACCCCUCCAACCCGUAUGUUCUGAUCAUCCGACCAGAGCAGCCCCUGUACUGGCCUGGCAAGAAGAUGUCAGCAAACAUCAUUGAGCCUCAUCUCGACCUCAAGCCCGGGCGAUUACGGCUCGUCGCGGAUGGCUCGCAGCAACGCCUAGCAAAUGCAAAUAUGUCGUUCCUGUCAUCAAUAGGAUUCGAAUUGACCACUCUGAUCGAUCAGCGCGCCAACCUGCCUCGUGUCAAUGCGGAAUUGCAGAAGAUCAAGAAGACAGCAUACAAGCUAUCCAAUACCAUCAUGGACAGCGUUGAGAUUGUCCGCAGGCAGACUGUUGGUCUUGACUGCCAGGAUCUUAUCCAGACUUGUUUCGCUUUCGCAACCGAAUUCGGUCAACGUUCCGUUCUUUACAUGGACUACAACCGAAGGGCCAUGAACAACAUCAAGCUAACUAGAUUGGCACUUGAUUGGGUCAGUUUCAUCUGCGAUGACUGCAUUGCCUCGGAUCGCAAGACAUUUCGAUGGGCUGUCGUCGCUUUGGAGUUUGCCAUGAUGAUGACUCGCGGCCAAAACAUACUUUCCAUCAGUGAUGAAGAGUAUUCGCAACUACGACUCAAGGUUGCUGGCUGCAUGUCCGUCCUCAUCUCUCAUUUCGACAUCAUGGGCGCGAGAUCCACUAUCGCAGCUCAAGCUGAGCGACAGCGUCUGAACGCUAUUGCCGGCAAGAGCUUGCUCGACCCUAAGAAUGCAAAGGACGAUGACGAGUCCAUUGAGAUGACGCAACAGCAGUGGAUGCAAAGCCUUGAAGAGAUUGAUUCCUUCCGCAAAGACAAGGAGGCCGAACGUCAAGCCCUUGGUAGGGUGCUGGAAGACUCUAACGAAGCUGAUCGAGCUUUGACCUACCUGUCUUCCUCUGCGACGAACGUCACACUUCGAUGGCAACAAGGCCAGUUCGUUGGUGGCGGUACAUUCGGAUCCGUUUAUGCGGCCAUGAACCUCGACUCUAAUCACCUCAUGGCUGUCAAGGAAAUCCGUCUACAAGAUCCACAGCUUAUUCCCACCAUCGUUGCACAGAUCAGAGAUGAGAUGGGCGUACUACAAGUGCUCGACCACCCGAACAUCGUGUCCUACUAUGGUAUCGAACCACAUCGAGACAAGGUGUACAUCUUCAUGGAAUACUGCUCUGGCGGUUCGCUUGCUGGACUUCUUGAACAUGGAAGAAUCGAAGAUGAGACUGUCAUUAUGGUUUACGCGCUCCAAAUGUUGGAGGGUCUUGCCUACCUACACGACGCUGGUGUCGUGCACCGCGACAUCAAACCUGAGAACAUCCUGCUCGAUCACAACGGAGUUAUCAAGUUCGUCGACUUCGGCGCUGCUAAACUUAUUGCUCGCCAAGGUCGGACUCUCGCCGCGGAACACAACGCCACACGCCAGGGCCGUCAAGGCUCCAUGACCGGAACACCAAUGUACAUGUCACCCGAAGUCAUUCGAGGUGGAAGCACAGGGCGUCACGGCGCUGUCGACAUAUGGUCGCUCGGCUGCGUAAUCCUCGAGAUGGCUACUGGUCGCCGCCCUUGGGCUUCCAUGGAUAAUGAGUGGGCCAUCAUGUACCACAUUGCCCAGGGUGACCCACCACAACUGCCGUCCAAGGAGCAACUCAGUGACACUGGUAUCGACUUCCUCAAGAAGUGUUUCGAUCGCGACCCGAACAAGCGAGCGAGCGCUGUCGAGCUGCUUCAACAUGAAUGGAUCAUGACGCUCCGUGCCCAGCUCAGCCUGGAGCCAGCAACGCCAAGUGAUAGCAACUCGAGCAGCGGAACACCACAGAGUAGUAGGCAAAACUCCAACUACAACUAA